AUGAAAAUCCUGGGAGUGUUCCUGACCUGCGGUCCACAGAGAGUGAGCUCGAACCAGAGCAGUGCCCAUGAGUACCCAGACUGCCGUGAUGGGGGCAGCGAGGCCAGCCUGCUGGUGUCUCCGCUGGUGGUGGCUGGCAUCGUCAUCGGCCUGGUGCUCUUCCUGUCCUGCGUUACCAUCAUCGUGGGCAGCCUGCGCAAAGACAGCCGUCUGCGCAACCCCCACCUGCGGGCCAGCUAUGCUCCGGAUGGCUUUUCAUACGGCGGCUCCAUCGGGGAGCUGAGGUCGACGUGUAUCGAGGAGUUCCCUCCAGCGUUUGACUUUGACUCCUACGUGGAGACUCUAUCACAAGUCAAUGUGAUGUAUCCAGACUCCCCGCCACACUAUGAUGAAUGUGUGGGACCAGGUGCGACACAGAUAUACGUCCCCACAGAUGACCCCCCUCCGUACUCCCUCACGGACCCCUGUCAGCGGGGCCACCAGCAGGCCACCUACACCAGCCUGGAGAUGGAGGAGCCGUCCGCUGGAGCUGGAGCCUCUUGGGUGUCCGCCAGCAGCGCCGCCGCCUCCCACUACCCAAUCGGACUGCAUGAGCUCCGGCAGCAGCCAAUAUCCUCCAUCUCCCAGUCAGCGUUCCCCCUGGAGGAGGCGCCCCCAUACGAGGUGGUGGUGAGCAGGCAGAACCAGCCCAUCCCUCUGAUGCCCAUGGACCUGCUCAAACACCUCUCGGAGGACAGCCAUAGUCCCCAGAGAGCCCGGGCUGUCGCACACAGAAUCCUGUAG